AUGCGGAAUUCGCUACAUCUUCCACUCUUGGUAUGGUUCUUGAGUGAACAAAUUUUCGCCGACUUCAACAGUUAUGUAGUACCGCAGCCUCAUGCACAUCGUGACCAUCGACAGGACAUCAGCCAACACUACGACUACUUAAUGAGGGAAAAUGACGAACCGUUAGGGAGAGGCGCUGCUCCGAACAAAGGAAUAUUUAGGCUCUAUGGUCAAGCCCCACAUCGGCCGGAAAUGACCGAAUUGGAGAACUUUGUUCAGUCAAAUACAGAAUCAGUGUUCAGUUCAGGUGAAACUCGAGACUUUCUUCAAUUUCUUCGACGGAUUCAGUACGAUCAUCGACAGGUUCCAGAGAAUGAUAAAGGAGCGAUGGACCUAACACUUUUCCCCUUCGAUAAACAACUCUGCAAACUUGGAAUCGAGAGUUAUGGCUACACGGCCGACCAUGUUGUAUAUAAGUGGUCGAAAGGAGCAAGGACAGCAUUGGAGCUGAAGAAAAUCAGAUUACCAGACUUUACGAUCCAGGAAGCUUAUGUGACAAGUCAAAUGGAAAGUUAUGCGACCGGAAACUAUUCUCGACUCUAUGUCUGUUUCGUAUUUUCUCGUUCUUCUGGAUUCUGUUUUCUACAAUUGAUCAUUCCGUCAACAGCUGUUGUUAUCACCUCUUGGGUAUCCUUAUGGAUGGAAACAGAAACUGAGUUUCAGGACAUGAUCUCCAUUAUCCUAGCUAUCACUUUCCUAAUUUUCUCCUACAACGAAAUGAUGCCACGUGUCAGUUACAUAAAAGCAAUGGACAUCUAUCUGGGUGUAUGUUUCAUGAUAGUUUUUCUCUCACUGAUUAAAUUGGCCCUUGUGAAAUAUAUGCGACAGAAAAUCAUGUUGACAAGCGAUAGCGGGAACUCUCUUCAUGAAAUGUCACAAAUGUCAACGAGACAGCGACUCCGAGCAAAGAAAACAUCAAGCAUGAACUUCCGGAACAACGGAGGUUUUCAAAAACAAAUGAUUUUACAGUUCAGAAAACAAAAAUAUGUAUAUUCAGAAGCAUCAAAUCCAGAGGAGAACCAGCACAUGCUGACAGUUCCCAAUGGAGCGAACGGAACGAAUGGAGCACUGGCUGGAGAAGAAAAGGAAGCAAAUAAUAACAAAUCCCAUAUUUCUGACAUGCUGGAAAUCCGAAUCACACAACGAACAAUGCACCGAUUCCAUUGGGUUUCACAGAUGCUCUUCUUUUUUGGAUUUGUAAUAUUCUGUCUCUUCUACUUUUUGAUAUAUCCCAAUCUUCACAUCGUGAGCGUCGAUCCAGCAUGCGACAAAAAUCUAGCGGAGUGGUUCGCAGAGAUCUACUAA